CUAAUGAGGGAUUACAGCCUAAGCAUUUUCUUUUUGUUAUCUAUUACUGCUGCACACGUUUGAGGCUAAUCUAAAUCCGCUUCAUGCCGUUCGUUUAGUGUACAGCAGUGAUCCAACAACACCUAAAAUAUUUUAGGUGUUGUUGAGUGAUCACGAAAUCUGUUCCACCCUCCGCUCUGUGCACUCCUGAAACAGAAAAUUGAACGCACCUUGUUAAGAUGACGGAGAGUAACCACAACACAUCAGAGCAUAACCUUACUUUUCUAUUUAUUCAAAUUUAUAUUCUUUUAUACAUAAACAAAUUCAAUUUUAAUUUAUGAGCAAAGAGCAUGACACAGUUACUAAAAUUAAUUUGUAACAAUUCUAGAAGAUAUUCUAAUAUUAAACGCGGUGUAAUACUUGGAAUUGAAACUUCGUGCGAUGACACUGGAUGUGCCGUUGUGGAUACAGAAGGAAACAUUUUAGGCGAAGCCUUAAAUUCACAACAUUUAAUUCAUUUGAAGCAUGGCGGUAUUAUACCCCCUAUUGCUCAAGAUUUACACCGUAAAAACAUAGAGAAUGUUGUGGCUGAUGCACUGAAAGAAGCCAAUUUAAGUUGUAACGAAGUGGAUGCUAUAGCAACAACUGUUAAACCUGGUCUACCACUGUCUUUAACAAUUGGGACAAAAUAUGGGAAACAUUUGUGCAGGACGUACAAUAAACCAUUUAUUCCCAUACAUCACAUGGAGGCGCAUGCCUUAACAGCUCGUAUGCACGACAGUACGAUCGAAUUUCCUUUCCUAGUAUUAUUAAUAAGCGGCGGACAUUGCCUGCUAGCCAUAGCUCAGGAUGUAGACAAAUUUUUGUUGAUGGGGCAAAGCUUCGAUGAUGCCCCAGGUGAAGUUUUUGACAAGAUGGCAAGGAGGCUGAAAUUAAAAGAUAUUCUCGAAUAUUCCGAAAUGUCCGGAGGGCAAGCGAUAGAGUGUGCAGCAUCGAAAGCAACAAAUCCGUUGGAAUUUAAUUUCACACCUACACUUUUACGGUAUAGGGAUUGUAAUUUUAGUUUUGCUGGGAAUAAAAACCAAUGUGUACGACAUAUUUUGGCGCAGGAGAGGAAACAUGGGCUUUCACCAGACGCUAUUAUUCCGGGUGUAAAUAAUUUAUGUGCCGGUUUACUGUUGGUUAUGACUAGACACUUGUGCCAUCGUGUUCAGAGAGGUAUGGAGUAUGCAGCUUUGAAACAUUUGAUACCUUCUGAUCGUAGAACUUUGGUUGUGUCUGGAGGAGUUGCUUGUAAUAAUUUUGUAGCAGCAGGCUUACAAGUUUUGUGUGAUGGAAUGGAAUACAAAUUGGCACGGCCCCCACAUAAGCUUUGUACAGACAAUGGAGUGAUGAUUGCUUGGAAUGGAAUUGAAAGAUGGAGAGCAAACAAGGGAAUAACAACAGAUUUAGACUCAAUCACAAUUGAAAAGUCUAGUCCGUUGGGAGAAGAUGUAAGAAAAGAUGUCGAAUUGGCCAAUAUAAAGCCAAAGUGGAUUAAACUAACUGGAUUAGUGAAUCAAAACGAAAAUGUUAAAAAAGAUGUAUUACAAAACAAUGGUUGAAGUUUAAAUACAAAUUAGACAACUAG